AUGCAGCAGCCAAUUGCAAGAAGCAAGGUUGUCUACAAGUUAGCAAAAGCACAUACGAAGCAAAAAAAAAUCAUGGUCGUGCUAAUUGCGAUCUUCAUCUCUGCCGCAUUACUUCCGAUAAACAGAACAUAUGGAACCCACGCUGAUGUCAGACCCAACAAUCAUCAAACCCGCGCAAAACGAGGAGUAUUGAUGACAGAAAACUAUUGGAAAGAAGGAUUUCCUUAUCGAUUUGAGGGAUUAAGUCCGCCAAACAAAGCUUCCGUUCUUGUCAAAUGGCAUGUAUCAAGGUGCGCUUCUGUUAUUGGAAAAACCGGAUAUCCGGACCAAAGAAUAUAUCUCGCAUCGGCAUGUUGUGAAUACGGAAUCAUAGCCCAUGAGUUGGGACACGCGUUGGGACUGGUGCACACACAUGAAAGGCCGGAUAGGGAUAAAUACGUCAAAGUAUUUGUAGACGUCGAUCCCGAUACAAACUUUGACUUCCGUAAUUAUACUAAAGAGGAAGUAGAAACUUACAAUCUAGGAUACGACUAUGGAAGCAUUAUGCAAUACUCAAUGACUGACUACUACGGCAGCUGGGACGAUCCGGCUAUGAUGCCUUUGGAUGGGAGAUACAACUACACAUUAGGAUCAGAAAUCGUAUCCUUCAACGAUUUUACUAUGAUAAAUAAUCGCUAUGGUUGCAGACAAAACUGCCUAAAGCAGCGAAGGGUGGUAAAAUGUGACAACGGAGGAUAUGAACAUCCGCGCAACUGUUCAAAAUGUCUGUGCCCUAGCGGCUUUGGAGGAGAUUCCUGUAACGAAAGGCCAAAUGAAAACAAUUGCGGAGGAAUAUUGAAUGCAACGCAGAAAUAUCAGAAACACACGUUUGAAUUCGCAAAUGAUCGGUGGGAUUGGCUGGACGGCUUUAAAAGAUGUUAUUGGUGGAUCAAAGCUCCUAAUGGUACCGCCAUCGACAUAAGGGUUAGUACUAUAGAAGACUAUGCUUACUCUCCCCAAGGCUGUCGUGCCGCUGGAAUUGAGAUAAAAGCUAACGACGAUCAAACCCUCACCGGUUACAGAAUAUGCCAUAAAUCUCAAAUUGGCCUGGUGUUUGAGUCUAAGCAUAACCUUGUUCCUAUAAUUACUUUCACAAAGAUGUCAGGUACGAGCAGAUAUACCAUCAAGUAUCGUCAUGUAAAUCCGGAAAGAGUUGCAAAAGCACUUUUCAAAGCAUCUCUUCCUAACAAGUACAUACAAGCGUGGCACAAAUAG